CAACUUCAGCCUUUUCGAUUUUGAUAUAUGGCUCUCUGCAACACAACUUUUCCCUCUUUCAUUACAGUUCACGCCUCUCUUGUCUCAUUAUACCCAAAUAAAUGAAUAAAAUUAAAUAUGAAAACACAGAGAGAGAAACCAAACUGAAACGCUCUGAAACAAUGGCUACCGCCGCCGCGAAGCGAAGAAGACUCGACGACGGAAAGCAAAUCGCCUUAAUCGAAGGACUUCCCGACCACAUAACGGAGAUCUGCCUUUCCCUCGUCUGCCGUCCGACGCUACUCGCCGCCGUCUGUACACGGUGGCGCCGCCUCGUAUACUCUCCCGAGUUCCCACCGUUCUCGUCUCUCUACGCGCUUUUCGUAGACUCAAGCUCAAAUCCAAACCGUCGAGUUGACUCAGCAAUCCGGUUUAUGUGUUUCGACCCGGUUUCUUCCAAAUGGGACCCGCUUCCUCCUCCUCCACCUGAACUACCUCUUAACCGGAUUAUCCACCGUCACCCGUCGUAUAUCUCCUUUAACCUACCGAUUCAGUGCGUCUCCGCCGCCGGAAAACUCGUCCUCAUCGCCGGGAGUAACCAAGAACUCUCUCCGGCGAUCUCUCACCCUCUGAUUUUCGAUCCAGUCUCUUCUUCAUGGACCUCCGGGCCACCAAUUAAAUCCCCGAGACGGUGGUGCGCGACCGGAGCUUGCGGCGGAGAUAUCUACAUCGCUAGUGGUGUGAGCUCGCAGUUCUCGACAACCGUCGCGAAGUCGAUCGAGAAACUCGGUCUCACGGAUCAUAACCAUAACAACUGGGAGAAACUGAGAGAGAUGAGAGACUUACGGUUUAGCCGUGAAGCCAUUGACGCCGUUGGGUGGAGUAGGAAGCUUUUGAUGGUCAACGUAAAAGGCGACGCGGUUAAAGAAGGAGCCAUAUACGACGUCGUUAAAGACGAUUGGGAAGUGAUGCCGGAGGAGAUGGUGGCAGGAUGGAGAGGUCCGGUGGCGGCCAUGGAGGAGGAGAAGCUUUACUCAGUUGAUGAGAGGAAUGGAACAGUGAGAAUAUACGAUGAGGAGAAGAGAGAGUGGGGAGAAGUAAGGGUGGUGGAUGGUGGAGAAGAGAUGCUUAAAGGAGCUCAGCAAGCUACGGCGGUGGCCGGGAAACUCUGUGUUGUUACCGGUGGGGGAAGAAUCGUAGUUGUGGAUGUUAGGGCGGAGCCUGCGAAGAUUUGGUCCGUGGAGAACCCUCUAGGGCUUGAACCGGUUUCGGUUCACGUAUUACCAAGAAUGAGCCGACCGGAUGUUAGCUGACUAUAGGAGCAUGAGAUUCCUGGUGAUCAUUCUACCUUUUAUUUCAUGGAGAUCGGUGAAGCAUACUAACUUAUUGACCAAAAAAGCUACUGGCUCGAUGCUAAAACGUGAAGGAGAUUCACCAACUUGCAGGAUCACAAGAGCAAGCCACGUCCCACCUUAUUCAACGAAGAAAGAUAUACACAUACAAGAUAUAAAUAAGAAUCACCUAUUCAUCAUUUCAUCACAAUCACUAAAGCAACAUGCAGGCCUUAUAGAAGCAAUGGAACUGUUUUUCCUUCUUCAGUUUAAUGUUAGAGUAAGUGUCUGCCUAUGGCAUAACCAACAUAAACAUUGAU